AUGCCAGAUAUCGUCACCUACAAAUUCCCAGCAAGUGCCAUCAACAGCGAGCCAGCCGUCCCUCAGCCAGCUCGCACUGGCCUCUGCAACAUGCCUGAGAAAGUGAUGGACAAGAUACUCUUCCAUGUGACCAACAAGAACCCCAGUCCUUACGAGGAUCUGUUGUGCAUGUGCUUAAGCAGCAAAGUUGCCGCUCGUAAAGUACUUCCCACCAAAGCCUUAGAGAUGAGCCGCCAGGUGACCGAACUCGAGGUUCGACUGGCCAACGUCACCACAAAACGCCCUGGAACCCCUCUAGAUAAAUUCAGGUCGCGGGUCGGCUCACAUAUGAUGUGGAAGCAAAAGCGGGAUCAUCGUCUUGAGGACUGGGAGAAUGAUGUUCAAGUCAGAUGUAUCGAGGAAGCAAUUGCCAAAGCCGGUUUGGAUUGA